AUGGAGUCCUCUCCGUUGAAGAGCCAAGUCGGCUCAAUCUUGGGCAUGAAGCGUCCUGCAGCAUUGCUGCCUGCCUUCGAGCCUAGCUCGUCGCCCUCCCUUCCUCGGCCUCAAAAGCGUGUAGCACGCGAACCAGAUGUCUCGACAUAUCCCACCCCGGUCCCGACCUCGUCGACUCAUAUUAUGUCGUCCUCUCCUCCCCCUCCCGGCGUCGCUGCCGCCCGACCCUCCCUGCCACGAUCCUUCUCCGCCGCCCUCGAACGCGCUCCCUUGUCGACCGUGCCUGCUAUAAUGUUGCCGGAGAGUGGAGAGUCCAUCCUGAUGGGUAGAUCCAGUGUCUCGUGUCAUCACCAGCUCGCUGCCAGUCGUAUGAUAUCUCGUGUUCAUGUGAAGGCUACAUAUAAGCCCGCGCCCAAUCCCUUCGAUCGGGAUAGGGUGGAGAUUGUGUGUAUGGGAUGGAAUGGGAUCAAGAUACACUGCCAAGGGAGGAAAUAUGACUUGGCCAAAGGCAAAACCUUUACCUCGGACAUCAAGGAUGCGGAUAUCAUGAUUGAUGUUCAUGAGGCUCGCGUUCUUGUUCAAUGGCCUCGCAGCGAACAAAGGGACUGCCCUUCGACCGACUCGGAACAGACCAGUGACGAAGCAACACCAACCCAACGGCCGCCUGGCAUCGCCUGUCUCGCCCUCGCCUGCUGUGCAGCAUACCAUCCCCCCUCCUCACCCAUCUUCACACCUUCUCGUUCUCGUGCCGCAGUAGUGGUCUUCGAAGAUGAGCCUUCUCCCUUGAAGCGCCACAACACUGUCACAGGAGUCAUGUCCCAAAGUGCCCGUCGUGCAACUGCUAUCCUUCACACCUCCCGCGAGGAGUCGAGUGACUUGGGUAGGUCUGAAGAGUUCUCUGACAAUGACGAAGAGAACGACCCUAUUAUCCACUCCUUCGGACCAUUCGGUGAGAACCUCCUCCCCCGUAUGGCAUCUUUCCAUGCGGGUGAUUCGCCUAUUCGGACAGCUCGUUCCCCUCGCGGCCUGCUGCCCGCCCAGCCCCUCCAACCCACGCAGUCUCCUAGACAGCCCGCCACAGUUCACGAAGACAAGGAGGAGACUACCGAGGCUAAGCCCCAGUAUACGGAUGAACAGUCCGAGAGAGUCCGCAACCAUGCUGCUAACCAACUCGCUUUCUCUCGACUGUCGUCAACGCCCUUCUCUACCAUCCUGAACAACCUCCCCCGGCGUUCUGGAAGUCCGGCCAUGAGAACCCCACCGGUCUCUCCAAUGGCCCGUGAAGGCAAGGAUGCCGCUGGCAAGCCACUUGAAAGUGAAUACUAUUAUAUUCCCGACGAGGAUGACGAUGUGAUGCGACGGUCAGCUGUAGUGAAUGAUCUUCGGAAGCCUGGUCUGCGCAACUGUCGCAAACAACACAAGCAAUACUUCUGGCGCAAGCCCAAAUGA